AUGAGAGCUAUUGACAGACAAAUGAGAGAUAUCCAAAGAGAAGAAGAGAAAGUGAAAUGGUCUGUGAAAGACGCUGCCAAGAAGGGCCAGAAGGACGUGUGUGUGGUGCUGGCCAAGGAGAUGGUCAGGUCGAAGAAGGCCAUGCAGAGUCUGGUAACGAUCCUAGAAAUCCAGGCCACCAUGCAGGAGCUGUCCAAAGAGAUGAUGAAGGCUGGGACCAUAGAAGAGAUGUUAGAGGACACUUUCGAAAGCAUGGAUGAUCAAGAAGAAAUAGAAGAAGAAGCUGAGACAGAAAUUGACAAAAUCCUCUUUGAAAUUACAGUAGGAGCCUUAGGCAAAGCACCCAGUAAAGUGACCGAUGCCCUUCCUGAGCCUGAACCUUUAGGAGCCAUGACUGCCUCUGAGGCUGAAGAGUAG